AACUAUCCGUUGAGCCGUUGGGGGAGUGUUAGUGCGGUCCCGUCUUUGCUGUGGGCUACUCUUGAGUUUCUUUGGGAUGUCCUGUGGUAUCGACUUUCAGGCACCUACUUGGUAUUUGGUCAUAAGGUUUUUAGCUUGGUUAACUUUAUGGGGGGCGUCGGCUUUAGAUUUUUAUCGGCAUAGAGGAGAAAAAGUUUAUGGAUGGCAGCUACCUGUAGCGAUUUUUGUUAUUUUAUGUACUACAGUAGCGAAAGAAGCAGUGAGCUUCCUCUAUCAACACUUAUUGCAGGGUCUUUAUUUCUGCUUUAUUCUGCUGUUUUUUGAUAGGCUUGUGAUAGCUACGUAUGUCGCCGUUUUGAUGCUUAUAUCGUACGGUUGGAAGAUCACACGAGACAGACUCGGAGACAAUGCUAAGACCCUGUUUGUUGUCCCGCUCUUGUUUUUCGUGUCCUCUCUGGUGCACGAGGGCGUGAUGCAAUCGGAAUUAACCGCUAGAGAACAGACUCCAGACCACCAGCUGUCCAUUGCCGCCAAGAAUCUAAUUGCUUUCUCCUCCCUCAUUUGGACUUUCACUGUUCUUUACAUGGCGGUUUGGAUACAUCAAACUGUUAAUGUUGAGAAACUUGUUCUCAUCGAGAAGAUAACAGAAGACCUCAGUAGGCGGCGACAGGCAAACGAAGAGAGCAUGUUUGUGGACGACGACUUAAGAAACGAGGAAGAAAUCGCAACUCAGCAAACCUCAUCUGGGAUAUUUGCAAAAGACUUUAACAGAAGUGCUGCCUCUGAUGCGAGGAUGCCAACGUUUGAAGAGCUCAAGGAGGAAGUGGAGGAGGAAGACAACAACCAGUUUAUCCCCAAUUCAGCGAAACUGACCCUCUUAUCACGCUUUUUCUUUGCGGUGAUGAUUUAUCUUGUCGCGCUUACUUUUUACCGUUUGAUACUUCUUUUCAAAAUCGGAAGUGUGAAUUUCUGUGCCUUGAUUUUUUACGAUGCCAUCUUUUUUCUUUUUACCGCCUCUUUAGCGUAUAUCUUCCGUCUGCGAGAGGAGAACCCCUACUUUGUUGUUCCUCGUAAUGAAGCGGUGGGUAUCCAGGACCAAAUAUUGCACGAUAUAAACGUUCAGACAUUGGCUGAAAGCGAAAGCGGCAGUGAAAGUGGUAUUGGCGAGGCAACUGAAUAACCAAUAAAAAC